UCUAGGCAGCAAAGUAGAUGCGGUCCAUCGUAUCAACCAUCAUUAAAUGCCAUUCCUUGUUACACAAAGAUUAAGUGAAGAGUCUUACACAUCGUUCGAACUUCGAAGGCAAUAUUCUUAGUUCUAGUAUCACUAGUGCUUGCAUGUCGAUUAUCUGGCUUACCACCGUGUAUGGCCUCACCCAUACGUGUUGACAGGACCACUGAUUCAUCCAGUACGUGCAGUUAUUCUCCGUGAGGUCCUGAGAUGGUAUCCUCCCGCACCCCCAGGAAUGGCGUAUGCAACAUUAAGCGACAAUGUUUACGGCGGGUAUUUCAUACCCAAAGGUGCGACAAUAAUUGUUAAUCAAUGGGCACUGUCUCGGGACGAAGAGACGGCUCCCGACGCAUCGCGCUUCGAUCCCAGUUGCCAUCUGACAGCUGAUGGGCAACUGAAGGAUCAUUUCGUCAACCAUACUACUGCCUUUGGUUUUGGCAGGCGCAUCUGUCCUGAAGCCGUAAUUUACCACUGACAUGACGAUUCACCCGAAACCCUUCUGGUGCUCAUUUGAAAUCGUGAAUACAGCGAGAGAAGAGCAGCUUCGAACGAUGGUGAGUUUGAAGUGGCACAAUAUACUCACACGUUCGUCACAUCUUGAUUUUCUGUACCAAAUGAGCUGGCAACAGCGCAGCGCAGGGCGUACACGUAUACAUGGGCGAAUUGUAUUACUUAAUAUUUAAUAAUAUAUUCAUAUAUUGCAA